AGAAAAAAUAAAAAACCGACAUAACAGUUUAAGUCGUCCGCUGCGACUACACACACUCAGUCAAGAGAGUGGAAAGAGUGAAUGAAAUGCUUUUUACAUCGAAAUUGGGGCCAAACGCUCCAGGUCUCGGGGACUCCGCCGUUCCUCGAAACGGUGACUCCUCGCUUAUCCUCCUUCUCCGGCCGUCCGGCCUGAGCCUUCCGGUUAGAUCUCGGCGGUUCGCUUCGCUGUCCGUACGCUCGGAGUAUGCGGCUUCAACGGAGCCGUCGGUUUCGUCUCGGUACACGUCGUCAGUCGGUUCGGCGUCGUCGUCAUUUGUUCAGGUUUCACAGUGGAACCUCACGCAGCGCCACGUCGUCGUGCUCAAUGUCAUCGCUUGCGCGGCAGCAGUUUCAGCGACCUGGCUCUUCUUCUCUGCGAUUCCGGCUCUUCUGGCUUUCAGAAGAGCAGCAGAAUCGCUAGAGAAGUUGAUGGAUGUCACAAGGGAAGAGCUUCCUGAAACAAUGGCAGCUGUCAGAUUAUCAGGCAUGGAGAUCAGUGACUUAACAAUGGAGCUUAGCGAUUUAGGCCAGGAGAUUACCCAAGGUGUUAGGAGCUCAACUAGAGCUGUUCGCUUAGCUGAGGAGAGAUUGCGACGGUUAACUAACAUAACUCCACCUAACAUUAAUCCAUCAGUUUCACUGCAGGAGGUAGCGAGCCAAAAUCCUGAUGCAGGUGGACCUGUACUGGCUAGAACUGCAAGGGGUGUAAGGGAGGGCAUCGUUAAGGGUCGAAUGAUCUUGCAAAUGUUUUUCUCGCUGACCCAAUUUUCGAGGAUGGCCCUUAACUAUUUCGCUAGUCGUGCUAAGAAAUAGAUUUAUACCAGCAAGCAUUGUGGUGAGGUAAAACAUGAAUAGUUUCUUCUGUAAAAAGAAUGUGUAGUUUUUCCGCUGCAGUCACCUUUGCUGUGAUAUUUUAAUGUUGUGGCUGCUCGACAGUGAGUUAUAUUAACUUGUUCUUGUUGUCAAAAAAUGUAAUAGGAAUUUCUCUUUUGGGUAGUAAAUGCUUUUUUUUUCCUCCUUUAAAUAGACUAAACACCAUUCAGCUUUA